GUCGCAGCAAUUGAAGCUUGUGACUUGCGAAAUGAAGAUCGGAGCUGUUUGGACAAAACAAGCCUCAUUAUUUGAGGAUCUUGUGCUUAAAUAAAACAGAAACCUCGACAGGCGGGACUUCAUCGACCAAAGCCGGCUGGAUACUUCCGCUGCAGCCGACAUAUAACUCGUGAAAUGCUGCACUCGGUAGGAUGAUCAACAAUCAAGAAGAAGAUGAGUUUGUUGCAGUGCGGGUCCAAGAUCCCCGCGUGCAGAAUGAAGGCUCCUGGAAUUCAUUUGUGGAUUACAAAAUAUUCCUACAUACCAACAGCAAGGCCUUCACAGCCAAGACGUCGUGCGUGCGUCGGCGCUACAGUGAGUUUUCCUGGCUCAAGAAGAAGCUUCAGAAGAACACGGGCUUGGUGCCAGUCCCAGACCUUCCAGCUAAGUCCUUCUUCUCCUUCAUUAAUGAGGACUUCCUGGAGAGGAGGAGGAAAGGUCUUCAGGCCUUCUUAGACAGUGUGGUGAACAUGACAGUGUGUCUGUCAGACAGCCAGCUCCACCUCUUCCUGCAGACUCAGCUGCCAGUGGGUCACAUCCAGGACUGCGUGCAGGGCCACACUCCCUACUCUGUGACGGACGCCAUCCUCACCUACGUCUCGUCAAAUCGGGGCUACGCUCAGGCACAGGAGGAUGAUCCCAUCAAGGAGUCAAGUUUGACCGUUUCAUAUGAGUCCAUGGAGAGCCCAGUUCCUCAUCAACCUUGCCUACAACUUAAAGAGACCUUCAGUCCAGAGCAUUUGUCCUGUGUUGACUCUGAACCUCAAGAUUGUGAACUGGAGCGUGAUGACAAGGACACAGUUGAGUUCCUGUACAAGGAAAACUCCUCCGUAAUGGUCCUUCAGGGGGACAACCAUCUUGAGGCCAUUGUUGAGGACUGUGUCCCAUCAGAGGCGAGCUUUUAUCUGGGUGAAAGCCAGAAUGUUCCUGAGAGUCUCAGCCUUGAAGAACAGACUCAGCAGAAAAGCUGUCAGAUACAGACACCUGUAGAGGUGCACUCGCCCAUGAAUACUGACUUCCAGGAGAAAUGCGUGGUGGAUAGCUUGUUUGAGGAGUGUUCCGUAAGAGAGGAGAGCGAUAAGACAGUGGAUACAGAAGAUAUGAAUGUUCCUCAUCCGGACACAGAGGAGAAGGUUGUUCCUCAUCCGGACACAGAGGAGAAGGACACAGAGGAGAAGGACACAGAAGAUAUGAAUGUUCCUCAUCCGGACACAGAGGAGAAGGUUGUUCCUCAUCCGGACACAGAGGAGAAGGACACAGAAGAUAUGAAUGUUCCUCAUCCGGACACAGAGGAGAAGGUUGUUCCUCAUCCGGACACAGAGGAGAAGGUUGUUCCUCAUCCGGACACAGAGGAGAAGGUUGUUCCUCAUCCGGACACAGAGGAGAAGGUUGUUCCUCAUCCGGACACAGAGGAGAAGGUUGUUCCUCAUCCGGACACAGAGGAGAAGGUUGUUCCUCAUCUGGACACAGAGGAGAAGGUUGUUCCUCAUCCGGACACAGAGGAGAAGGACACAGAGGAGAAGGUUGUUCCUCAUCCGGACACAGAGGAGAAGGACACAGAGGAGAAGGUUGUUCCUCAUCCGGACACAGAGGAGAAGGUUGUUCCUCAUCCGGACACAGAGGAGAAGGUUGUUCCUCAUCCGGACACAGAGGAGAAGGUUGUUCCUCAUCCGGACACAGAGGAGAAGGUUGUUCCUCAUCCGGACACAGAGGAGAAGGUUGUUCCUCAUCCGGACACAGAGGAGAAGGACACAGAGGAGAAGGUUGUUCCUCAUCCGGACACAGAGGAGAAGGACACAGAGGAGAAGGUUGUUCCUCAUCCGGACACAGAGGAGAAGGUUGUUCCUCAUCCAGCCUCAGAGGAGAAGGUUGUUCCUCAUCCGGACACAGAGGAGAAGGUUGAACACUGUGAAAGUUCUGUGGAGGCUAAUACGGAAAAGGUCCACUUCGAUUUUAAGGACAGUGACUUAAAGGACCCUCUUUUAGUAAGUGCCACAAUAUCUCAAGAGGAGGUUCUUGAAGUCUGCUUUGAGAAAAGUGUUUUAGAAAAUCAUGUUAUCUCUGAAGUUAAUGGACUCGAACACGUUGAUACUACUGAGGCUCCUGUUGAAGAUGCCAGCUGUCUGGAGGAGUUUAAGAGCGCAGACAAGGAAAUGAGCGAUGAACCUGAGAGGAAAGAUGAGACAGCAUAUAUGUCAGAAAUCCAUGAAGAGGCUGACAAUGUGCACCCAGAGGUGGAAGGCAGCGGCGAUGACCCUUUUCAACAUAUGGACCAAGUUGAACUGGAAGACGAUCUGGUUGAACAGGAAGUGGAUCUGGUAAGGACCAAAGAUGACAGCGACGAGGACAGCCAGUCAUCUUCCAAUGAAAGCAUUGUCAAGGUCAGCGAUGAAGAGAGCAUCUGUGACGAGGCAGAGGAACUGAUCCACUCUGCAGACGGACACAUGGAGACUCCUCACGAGGAGGUCGCUCACUGGGCAGAAGAAGUGCAGACCCCCAGGACAAACAUUUUGGGCCUACACGUCAAUGGAUGCAUUGUGGAAAAAGACGACAUUCUUGCCCAUGAGGAGGACGACUUGCAAUACAUUACCGAAAUCAGUGACUUGCAUACAUCUCUGGAUUUGAUCUCAAGUGUAACAGGUGGAGAUUUGACAGAAAAUAGUGACUUCAGUAUCUUAGAGAGAAGCUGCACGCCUGAGUUAGCUGAUAGUGGAAGUGCGGAGAAGGAAAACGUGUCCUUGCUGUCUUUGGAUGCCUCAAAGGAGGCUCAUGAGGUAGAGAUGCUUUAGUCAAACGGCUGAAUGGUCUCACAUGCCUGGGCUUCACCCUUACAGAGGCAGAAAACAACAUAUUGUGAAAGCUGUCUUCUGCCAUAGACACAUUUGAUCUCACACACACAAAAACAUUAAAAUUCUGCUCUUUAUAAACCAUCUUCAUAUGAUGCCGUAUUUGGGCCAUUGUAUGUUAAAAUAUUAAAUAAUUAAGAGCCGGAGCCGGUGGGUAGUAAUCAGUGAAAAACAAUCAGAAUUUCUCAAAAGUGUACCAAAAAUAAACUUUAACAUUCUUAUAUUAAAAUAGUUGUAAAUGUAUAAGACAAAUGCUUUUUUUAGUCAAGGAACUAGAUUGCUCAAAUUUGCAAAGUUGAAUCAACCCCACAGCUGCCAGUCAGACCAUAGACGGGCGGUGCAACAUUAUGGAACAUGGUGACAUCCUUCAUCUGUCCAUUGUGUUGGGGGUCCGGCACAAAAGGCUUUAACCUCACCGAAUCUGUAUGUGGAUUUUUUUCUGAAUAUGCCCAAUUCUUGGCAAUAUCUCUUUAAAGUCUGAAUGCUUAUAAUAAUAAUAAUAAUAAUAAUAUGGUGAUUCCAGGCUAAAAUAACAAGUAUUUCCGUAUUGCUAUUGAUUGCAAAUUAUUUUUGAAUUUGGUCAUCUACUGCACGUGAGGUUAAUCCAACCUUGCAAAGUGAAUCGAUUUGACAAAAAAAGAGCAUUUUUCUCAUACAUUUUUGACUUUAUUCUGUGUGGCUUUAUAAUUGUAUUGUAAUCUACAAUGGCCCUUGUGCGCUGUAGUAUCUUCACAAUGUAAAUGGUCUGGUCUGUCACAAAUGGGAAGUCUAACUAACUAAUGAUUUUGUUCCUUUUAAAUAAUGUAUAUUUAAUGUUAAAGUGCACCUUAAUGUACACUCGGGUAAACAAAAUAUUGGUGCCGUUUUUCUCUGGUUGGGUGUUCAUUAGCUUUUUGGGAACACCAGAGGGGGCUCAAGUUCACCAAAAGCAUACGAGGGGGAUUUUCUUUUUUAAAUCCAUAAAUGAAGUGCUAAGGCUACGGUGUAAACAUAAAAUGUGAAUUAAAAAAUGUUUAUUUAAGCUUAAGCUCUCUAAAAUGACGUCAUUCUCUGGAUGAAAUUGUGGUAGAAAUGUACACUUGUAUCAAAGGAUGGAUUCACCUUUUAUUCAAGUCUAUAAUACCACUUUUGGGGCCGUAAUUGAUUCUGCUGUCCAUGCUGACGGUCAAGAGAUACCAUCCUUUAAAACAAAUCUAAAUUGACAGUAAAAAGUGCUUCCUGUAGUGAAGUCUAUUUACUAUAUUUAUAAUUUCUGUCUGUUUCCUUACGUAGCUGUAGUGGAGAGACAGGAAGAAAAAGAGGACAUUCAAAACAAAAACAACGUUAUCAACCUAACCUGUAAGUCAGACUGCUGAAGCAUCAAUAUAACAAUUGUUAAAAUGUUAUACCUUCACGGCCAGUUUGGACAGGAGAAAAAGCGCUAAAAAUCAGAUUAAAUCUACCGUUACAGUCACUGGAGAAUCAUACACAGUUCUCAUUUGCAACCUCAUUUAAUGUGAAACAUUUAAAAACACUUUAUAAUUUAAGUCUUCAACUGUCUCCUGUUGAAUCCUGAUAAAGAUACGUUUUAAAAUCCAGGCCUGCUGCUCGACAACAAUACUGUUAGAAUCAGCAUGUCCUGUUUAUAAUCCCAUAUGUCACUAACUCUGGCUUUGUGAACCCAUGAAAGACGCACUGUGUUGGAGUCAACAUUAAACCAGUUCAGUAACAUGUUAGAACUAGUAAUAGUUUACCCUUAUGACGCACACUGCUCUUACAAAUGAUGUUUUAUAGAUAUUUAUUAGGAGAGCUCAAAUGAAAACAUUUGAACCCAAUGCACACAUGAAUAUUAGGUUUUGUUAUUGAACUUUUUAUAAAUAAAUGAUAAUAAUUUGAACCCCUGUGCAAUAGUCACCGACACCUUGACAGUUUUAGAUUUCCAGAAUGUUUAUUCUUGUCAUUUCUGUACAAUUUCUGCUCUUUCACUGAAUUUGUUUAAUGUUCGAAACUCACUACAGAUACACUCACUAAGCUUUUUUAUUGUUAGUCUGGCAGGGUGUGUUUGAGGUGUAUUUCUGGGCUACACUGCUCUAUGGGUUAUAGUUUGUUUAAUCACAGCAUACAUUCUAAAAGUAUGGAUGUAUGUUUUCCACGUUGUUGUCAGGCUGGUGAUUUUAUUCCGUUGCAUUUGUUUAAAAGGGACCCAGAGUUUUUUGUGUGGUUGCACAGAGAAUUAAGCCUUGUCACACAUCCUUUGUUGUCUAGUAGGUGGAUAAUAGAUUACUGGUUUUCAUUUGUUCUACACUGUCAUUGAGUGCAGGUUUUUUUUUCAAAAGCUGCUUUUAAGAAUUUGUCAUUUUAAAAGAAUGUUUGCCCUAUGCAGGAGACCUAUUUUAUAACAUGGAUCUACAAGGACCACUGUGAAACCCUGAGUCCAUGUAUAUCUAAUUUUAUUUCAAAUAAAUAGUUGUUCUUAA